AUUCCAUUUAGAGAUUCCGUUUGAGCCACCUGGCCACUCUGACACCUCCUGAUAACGCAAUUGUAUUGUUUAUAUAGUUUCCAAAGCCGAACGAGAAUGCAAUGUGGCGAUAUCAGUUGCUGAUAAGCACUGGAACCCCGCAGCACACAACCCACAAACGACGAUGACUGCCACCAAGAAGCGCCUGAAGAUCGUAGCAGCCAUCUCGCUGCUCCUCCUGCUCCUGGUCUACCUUUACCGAAUGGCCAGCUUCUGCCCAAGCGGAAAGGCCGUCCUUUCCGUUCCCGGCGGCGAGGAGGUUCAGGCCAAAUGGCCGCCCACGGAGAGUCCGCUACAAAGGAGCCUUCAGAUGGCGUACGAGGAGCAGAGCUCUCUUAUUCGAGAACAAAAGGCCGAACUCCAGCGCACAAGGGAGCAUUUGGCCAGAUUGGAGGAACAAGUUCGUAGCCUCCAGACCAGCACACCGCGCAAGUAUCCGAAGGUUAAAUACCUGAACUAUAAGAAUCGCAAACGCAUACUAAUUACCGGAGGAGCUGGCUUCGUGGGCUCCCACUUGGUCGACGAUCUGAUGGUCCAGGGGCACGAGGUCAUCGUGGUGGACAAUUUCUUUACGGGACGCAAGCGAAAUGUCGAGCACUGGCUGGGGCACGAGAACUUCGAGCUCAUCCACCACGACAUAGUGAAUCCGCUUUUCAUCGAGAUCGAUGAGAUCUACCACUUGGCAUCGCCAGCCUCGCCACCGCACUACAUGUACAAUCCGGUGAAGACCAUCAAGACCAACACCAUGGGCACCAUUAAUGUACUGGGUCUGGCCAAGCGCGUUAUGGCCAAGGUUUUGAUAGCCAGCACUUCCGAAGUGUACGGCGAUCCCACGGUGCAUCCUCAGCCGGAAACUUACUGGGGCCAUGUAAACCCUAUUGGACCGAGGGCCUGUUAUGACGAGGGAAAGCGUGUCUCCGAGACGCUGAGCUAUGCGUAUGCCAAGCAGGAGAAGGUGCAAGUGCGAGUGGCGCGCAUCUUUAACACUUAUGGACCCAGGAUGCAUAUGAACGAUGGACGAGUAGUGUCGAACUUUAUACUUCAGGCGCUGAGGAAUGAAACCAUUACGGUGUAUGGAAAUGGUAAACAAACUCGCUCCUUUCAGUAUGUUUCGGAUCUGGUGGACGGAAUGAUAGCCCUAAUGGCAUCAAACUACACACAACCGGUGAAUUUAGGCAAUCCCGUGGAGCAGACAAUCGGCGAAUUUGCGGAGAUCAUCAAGCAACUGGUCGGCGGGCCCAGUGUGAUAAAGCAAUCGAAGGCGAUGGAAGAUGAUCCGCAGCGCAGAAAACCGGACAUAACUCGAGCCCGCCAGUUGCUCCACUGGGAGCCAAAGGUUCCCCUAGAGACUGGACUCCAGCGAACAAUCUCCUACUUCCGCAACGAAUUGGCGCGUAGCGAUCGCUUUCAGGAAAGCUCCAACAAGUACUUUGAUACACAUACACCGUAACAUUAAUUGGGUCUAGCUCUAAUUGGUGAUGAUGGAACGUCUCUAGUCUGCAAAUGUAAAUAUGACCAUCGUUAGCACUAAUUGUAAGCCCUUAGGACCGCAGAAUACCUUUGUCAUGGUUCAUUUUUUGCGAUAUAUCAGCCUAUGCACGGAUUAGGGAAUAGUGAUGUAUAAAUGCGAUCAAAUGCAGUGAAACCUAGAAAACUAAUUUGAAUUUGAAAGAAUACAGAAGUUAGGGAGUAUGGAAACAUCAGAUACAAAAUGUUUAUUUGAUGUUUCUCAUUUUUGACCGCAUGUGUACCACAUAGACACAGAAUCAUUGGGUUACAUGCCAUUUAGAAACAGUAUAAUCCAUUGUAUUAUAACUUCAAUCGUAUUUCAAAAGAACCCACAAAUUCCCAUUAGAAUCAUUAGAAGUUUGGGGCAUAUACAUAUAUCACAACCAGUGAGAAUUGAACAAAUUAAUGAAGAUCUGUGACUCACAAAUUUAGACACAUAACACCUAUCUGCGCCUUUAACCAGUGUAAGCACACCCCGAUUCUAGAAGAUAAGUAGGAUUUUCCAGUUGCUGUAGUUGGUAGACCAUUAAAAAAGAGAUUUUUUUCUGCGAACUAAUCUUA